CCCAAUUCCAGCAGGCCCCGAGAAAGGAAAAAUAAAUUUCUCUGAGCCAAAGGGAAAAAAUGAUGAAAAGCAUGACUUCACAAAAAAUGAGUUAUUGUUUAUUAUUAAGCAUGGCUAUCAUUCUUGUCCUCACAAAGAGCAGCGAGGCUCAAGGCACAGUUCCAAUGAGCCCAUAUUGCAAGAUUUGCACUAUACCAAAUUUGUGCAACAAGGUUGUCAACGGCGCAACAAAUUGGAAAGAAGCAAUGGUCAAGAGCAUUGAUGCAUGUACAGAAAUUGCAUACAGGAUUCAAAAUGUGACCAACAACAUUCUUCCACAAAUCACAGGGGUUGAACCACAAACAAAGACAGCAAUUCAAGAUACAUGUAAAGAGGCUAUGAAUAAUGCAGUAAGUGAUCUUCAAGAAGCCAUGAAGGCACUCAACAAGAAUGAUCCAGGAUCAAUGCUCACAAAUUUAGCCUCUUUACAUACAGAUUGUGCUGAUGCAUUGGAACAAUUUGAUAUCAAGUUUUUGCCCCUAACUAAAGUUGUUGGCCGUUAUAUUAAGUAUAUGUCCGUUGCUCUAUCCGUUGCUCAGACUCCACAGUAAACUUCUUCUCGGUUAAUAUUUGCAAAGGGAUUCA